UGUUAAUACUUAAUAAUAAAAGUCAAUAAUGUAAAUGUGUCAUUAUUUUAUUAUUUUUGUUGGUGUUAAUAUAAUAUUAAUAAUGGAUUUGUGAUAAUAGUGAUGUGCAAUUCGUUCUUUUAUAACUCUUGUAAACAAUGAAAAUUAAGAAUCCGUUUAGUUUAACACGAAUUGCCGAAUUAAGAUGGUUACUGGUGGGCGCGUGUAGCGGCACUGACAUGAAUCAAGGAGGAGUGAAGAAUGUCGUCACAGAACCGACGCGCCUCGAGAACAAACGUGAGCGCCGUCGCGGCGCUGCAGGUCGCGCGGCUGCGCUGCGGCGCGCGCCCUCAGACUCCGAUUGCUCAGGAGAAACCGCCUCACUGUCUGCUGACAGCGGGGACCGCGCCCCUCGUCCGCCACCGCAGCCCACGCGAGCUGGCAAGAAUAGGGGUCGUCGUCGGGGCAGCGAAUGGGAAGUGCUAGAGGGUCUGAAAGACGGCCAGAGGUUCGAGAAGAGGCCGGACGUUUUCAACGGAUACCUACACAAGAAGAGGAAAUGGCCUCUCAAAGGAUGGCAUAAGCGAUUCUUCGUAGUAGACGGUGGUAUACUUGUAUACGCUCGUUCUCCGACGGACGUCGCUCGGGGCCGACUCCACGGGUCCGUGGAUGUCGGUCUCUCAGUGAUAUCAGCUAAAGCUAGGCGGCGACGUAUCGACAUUGAUGCCGACGAGUUCAUAUACCACCUCCGAGCGAAGACCCCUGAUGUAUUCCGAACCUGGCUUAAUGUGCUGAAGGCUCAUAGGUUAUAUCGGCAACAUUUGCUAACAUUCGGUGCGCGGGAGUCUGUACCGAAAAUCCACGCCCCGUUGGAAGAUCUACCACCCACAGACAAUUCUUCUCGGCUGUUGAGCCCCACCGGCGGGCCCAUCAGGGGCCCCCAAGCGGGGUUCGUGUCAGGCACCCCAGGAGGACGCCUCUCCGGCUGGAUCAUAGAGUCGGGUGGUCCGCUGGAGAACGCGUCCCGAGAGUUGGGCCAGGCGCAGCUAUCCGUACAACAGUUGCAGCGACUCCUCGAUGCAUUGGAGUUGCAGCAGCAAAUCCAUCAUGAUACUGAUGUAUCACUGGAAGGCGCCUCCCCUAACGUUAAAAAGGAUCGACGCAAGUUCGGCUUGAGGAAGAAGAAAUCAAAUAGCAAGUGUGCCUCCGUCGAGCUACAAGCUUCUCAUAUAGACCCGUCCAGUUCACAUAUGGCAUUAUCAGCGUUAACAGCGCCCCCGUCUCCUGGCGGCGGUGCGUCUUCAAUGCCCAACUCUGCCGCCUCCCUGCCUAUAGCAUGUGCAGCAGCUCGUCCCCAGUCGUUGCCUGGCGCCGAGACCCUGGCGACGGCUCCAGGACCUGCUUCCCUCACCAGCCUAACUCCUGACCAUCAGCUCAGAGAAGAUUUUACAGUUCUAGCCAAGGAUUUAGUCGCGAACUUGAAAACUGUCGUGGCUACGUUGGUUUGUGAGCGGGGUCGUCUCCGAGCGGCAAUGGACGCGGCGGAGACAGCUUCAACACCGGGCGCUGUCAUGGCGGCGCUACGAACUAACCUCACUACAGCAUUACAACAGAAUUCCGAGCUCCGGUCCCGACUGUCGCGGAUACACGACGCCUCCGACCUCGCGGAGAUAUCGUCCGUUGGACCCAACUCCGAUGCUGUAAAUAACCGCCAGUUCCAGCAGUCUCUAAGCUAUAGCUCGUCCUGUGUGUCUGCCUCCGAGUUCUUCGACGCGGAGGAGCACGACUCCGACCACAAACCCACUGAGAUCAUAGCCGCUGAUGAGUCAGGAGUGAUAGAGCUGGAAGGCGACUCCUCGUCAGAAGCGGGCUCCCUAAGCAGCGAGGAAGGUUCAGCCAGUUCCGACAACUCUGACGGUGCGAUGUCGGCGGAGCAGGUAACACUUCGAGCGACGGACCCGGCGGCCCACCCGGCGGGCUGGUCGCGUAGAACCCGGCUACCGUCCACGCGACCCACCCCCGGCGGGCCCAGUCUAUGGAACCUGCUCUACAAGAAUAUUGGCAAGGAUCUAAGUCAGAUCUCCAUGCCUGUCACUAUUAAUGAGCCUCUUAAUAUGCUGCAGCGACUAUGCGAAGAGCUAGAGUAUUCUGAGCUCCUAGACUCGGCGGCUGAGUGCAAGAACCCAAUCGAACGGAUGGCUCUAAUUGCAGCGUUUGCAGUGAGCGCUUACGCAUCCUCAGCUCACCGCGCCGCUUCCAAACCAUUCAAUCCGUUACUGGCUGAGACAUACGAGUGCGUCCGCGAUGAUAAAGGGUUCCGGUUUAUUGCCGAACAGGUUUCCCAUCACCCCCCAAUAUCAGCGUGUCACGCAGAAUCCACCCGGUGGUGCUUCUGGCAGGAAGCGAGGAUCAAGACCAAGUUCUGGGGCAAGUCCAUGGAGUUCCAGCCCACGGGGCGAGUCCAUGUCAAGUUACUUACUACUGGAGACCAUUAUAGUUGGAAUAAAGUAACGACUUGUGUCCACAAUUUGUUCGGCGGUCAGCGCUGGGUGGACCAGUACGGGGACAUGCACAUCGCCUGCCACGGGACCGACAUCACGUGUAAACUCAACUUUAUCAAGGCAAGUUCGUGGUCCAGCAGUAGACACGAGGUACGCGGCAUGGUGCAGGGGGGCGGAGCCCGACUGCGUCUAGCGGGGCGCUGGUCCGAGGCCCUGUAUGCUGGGGACCCGCCCGCCGCUAGGUGUCUCUGGAGGCCCGGCGCGAUGCCCCCGGAACACGAGUUGUACUACGGAUUUACUCGGUUCGCGAUGGAACUCAACGAGCUCGAGCCCGCCAUGCGGGGGACUCUGCCACAUACUGACACACGACUCAGGCCGGACCAGCGCGCGCUGGAGGAGGGCGACGUGGAGGCGGCCGAGCAGCUGAAGCACCAGCUGGAACAGGCGCAGCGGGACCGACGAAGGGACGACGCGCUGCAUCUACCUGCAUGGUUCCGGAAAACCCUGGAGAGCGGCGAAGAAACGUGGGUGUUCAACGGGGAGUACUGGAAGGCGCGCGAGGCAGGAUUCCCCGAUGACGUCGCGCCCGCGAUCUGGUGACCGCGCCUACUUAUACUCCGCAAACCGCAGUGCGAAUGGCUCUGCUAGAUGGUUGUGUCUCGCUUCCCGCUUAGCGAUAAUUAGAGUUUUAUUAUAGACUUUAAUAAUCUCUUGUUCAUUGUGACGGCUAAUUAGUCUAUACAGGCUAUAUUAUAGCAAAGAUGGCGGCUAAAUACUGAUAAAAUAGAAUAGUUUGUAUUUAUUUUAUAGUUUUAAUCUAUUUACGGCAGAUUUUUCAGUGGUUAAAUAAAGGUUUUUUGUGGAAUAAUUAUGAUGUUGUCGCGUCAGAAUGUUUGUAUAAGACAGUGACAGCUACAAUUUUAUUCCUCAGAUAACAUUUAUCUGACCAUUGAAAAAUCAGCCCUUAGUCCCUUAGUUAGAUUGAAUAAAAUUUUAAGACAAAGUUUUCUUCAUUAUUCUACCCAACGGAGUUUAUACCGUUAAUAAUAAUGGAAUGUGAAUCAUGAUCAUCAUCAUCAGCCGGAAGACGUCCACUGCUGGACAAAAUUCCCCCUUAGUCCUCUACAUCGAACGACACGUUUCCACCUGCAUCCAUUGACUCCCCGCUGACUGACGAUGUCGUCAGUCCACCUAGGACGCGCACUUUAUUAUUAUUAUACCAAUUCCGUGAAUAAUUAUUAAUGUUGACUAUUUUUUUGUGGUCUUAAUAUAUUGUG